AUGGUAGUCGAUGCGGCUUCGGAGCAGCCGGCGCCGGCCGAGCUGUGGAGACACUCCGAUCCAGAUAGCACGCCGAUGGCCAGGUUCAUGCGCCAUGUCAACUCAAAGUAUGGACUCAGCCUGAGUGACUAUCCGACCCUAUACAGGUGCGCCGUCCUCGAUCGUCUGACCCAGAUCGGCCCCAAGGUUCUCUUCGCCGAUAAUGGCAUGCUAUACAACGGAAAAGAAUGGCCAAAAGCAAACAACAUCCGGCCUAUCGACGAACCUGACCUAGAUCUCUCCCACCUCGAGGCAAUCUACUCUACCGCUUCACCCCUACCGCCAUCGACGUUCAGCUUCGUCUAUUCAGCCUUUCCCAAACACAUCAACCUGGCUUCCAUCACUGGUGGAACAGAUAUCAUAUCCCUCUUCGGCGCCCCCUGUCCCCUCUUGCCCGUCCGGGUCGGCGAGAUUCAGUGUGCCGGGCUCGGGAUGGCCAUCUCGGUCGUCGACUCGGCAAGCGACCCCGAUAGCCCGCAGCCCGUCUCGCCGCCGGGCAGCGCCGGCGACUUGGUCUGCACGAAGCCGUUCCCCUGCCAGCCGCUGACGUUCUUCGGGGAGGGUGGCGACGACAAGUACCGGGCCGCCUACUUCGAGCGCUUCCCGGGCCUGUGGCAUCAUGGCGACUUUGUGCGUAUGGAUCCCCAGACGGGUGGCCUGGUGAUGCUCGGCCGGUCCGAUGGCGUGCUCAAGCCGUCGGGGGUCCGAUUCGGCAGUGCUGAGAUCUACAAUAUCUUGACGCGCUUCUUCGCCGCUGAGGUGGAGGAUGCGGUCUGUGUUGGGCGACGAAGGGAGACGGACCGCGACGAGACGGUGUGUCUGUUCGUCGUAAUGUGUGCCGGGAAGCAGUUCGACGAUGGGCUAAGGGAUAAGAUUAAGGGGGUUAUCCGGAAGGAGUUGAGCCCCAGACAUGUGCCGCCCGUAGUAGAGGAGUGUGGAGGCGGUGUGCCAAAGACCGGCAAUGGAAAGAAGAUUGAGGUUGCGGUCAAACAAAUACUUUCUGGCAUGAAUGUGAGGACUAACGCCAGUGUUGCGAAUCCCGAGGCCCUGGACUGGCUUAGACAAUGGGCAAAGGCAAACCCAUAG